CAGACAGGAAAACAGCGAGUCAGAGUCGGGUUGAUGUAGAACAGACUGUUUCUGAUGUCUGAGGAGAGAAACGUUUGUAUUUUUAUUUUAUGAAAACCUCAGAAGGUCUCAGCGUUGGAGAGAAAACAACUACCAGAGAUGGAGGAACCAGCACAUGACGUCCAGCAGCUGCUGGUGAUCAAAAAGGAGGAGAAAUGGAGUCCCAUCCUGGAUCAGGAUCAGAUUAAAGAAGAACAGGAGGAGAAUGAGAUCAUUGAGUUAAUAUUCAAUCCAGUUCCUGCGAAAAGUGAAGAUGAUGAAGAGAAACYUCGGCUCUCAGAGCUUCAUCACAGCCGAACCAAGGAAAACGAAGACCUUGUGGAACCAGAACCAGAUCAAUGUUUAGAAUCAGAUGGUGAAGAAGAAACUUCUGAUUCUUCAUCAGAAUCCUCAGAAACAGAUGUCAGUAAUGGAAACUGGGAGGAGAGCAGUGAAGCUCACRCAGGUUUGGGGUCUGGAACCAAUAACACAGAUCCAGUUUGUAAGAAAGGUAAAAAGUUACAUCGCUGCUCUGAGUGUAAUAAAAUGUUCAGUUGUAGACAAUAUUUGAUAGAACACAACAGARUCCACACUGGAGAAAAACCGUUUAGUUGCUCCAUCUGCGACAAAAGCUUUAGUUUAAAAAAAACCCUGAAAAGACACACAAUAACGCACUCUAGUGAAAGGCCUUUCAGCUGCUCGGUCUGCGGCAGAAGUUUCAAGUAUAAGUCACAUCUAUCUUCCCACAUGAUUGGUCAUACUGGAGAAAAACCUUACAGCUGUUCCGUUUGUAAGGCAGCUUUCCAAAGAAGACAAAGUUUAGUGGAACAUACCAGAAUCCACACUGGGGAAAAACCUUACAACUGCUCUGUUUGUAAGGAAUCUUUCCCAACWAGACAGCGCUUAGUGAACCACACAAUGGCACAYACUGGAAAAAAACCUUUCAGCUGCUCCAUCUGCGAYAGAAGUUUUAGAAGGAAAAUAUCUUUGACUCACCACAUGAAGACGCACAGUGGAGAAAAAUCUUUCAGCUGCUCCAUCUGCAGCAAAGCUUUUAUCUCCCRGGGAUGCUUACAAAAACACAAAAUCAUACAUGCAGAGGAACGAUCUUACAUAUGUUCUGUGUGUAAUGCAGGUUUCAAAACUAAAAAAAAUUUAGUGGAACACGCAAGGACCCACUCUGGGGAAAGACCUUUCAGCUGCUCGGUCUGCGGCCGAAGCUUCAAGUGCAGGUCUUAUUUAUCCUCUCACAUGGUCGGUCAUGCUGGUGUAAGACCUUACAGUUGCACUGUCUGUAAGAUGGCUUUCAUGAGGAAACGCAAUUUAAAGGAACACAUAAGAACCCACACUGGAGAGAAACCUUACAGCUGCUCUGUCUGCAUGGCAGUUUUCCUGAGGAAACACACUUUAGUGCAACAUGAAAGAGUUCAUUCUGGGGAGAAACCUUACAGCUGCUCUGUUUGUAAAGAAACAUUUAAGUGGAAAAACACAUUCAAGAAUCAUGUAAGACUGCACACAAAUCAGUAACAGACUGUGGUCAAAACUUCAGGCAGUCAUUGAUAUUGGAUUUGGAGAAUGAAGUGUCCAUUUACAUUUAAGCUCAUCUGUCUCAACAUCUCUUUAGAGGAAAUAAACCUCACAGGACUGGAACUUGAGCUAAAGGGAAGCUGUGUAAUGUAACUGUGGUAACAUCAUAUGUUGUUGAUGGAAUUAAAUAUUACAAGAUAUAUUUAUAUCAAUUUAAACAAACUUGAUUUGUUUAAAUUGAAUCUUGACCCAAUUAGACCCUGUUUAAGAAGGAUUCUUUAUAAAAACAGGAAAAUUAAAGACAACCCUAAGCAUCCUCUUCAUGAGACUCUUGUACAACAGAUUGGUUUUGGCCCUCCAGCCAUCAARGACUGAACUACAGGAAACAAAGACCUGUGUGGUUUUUUUCUUUUUAGCAUCUCGCCGACAUCAGGAAGACUAUGCGCAACUUCCUCCUCUACUUCACUGGUGAAGGGAGGUCUGCUUCUUACCACAAGCCCUUGAUAUAAUAAAUAUACAGUGUCUGUGCAUCAAGUGUAUGGAUUAUGGCCUUAUUUAUAAUUCUGCUAAARGAAUCUUUGAWUUAUAGAAGGAAUAUGAAUCAAUGUCACGCUGCGUCAGCAUCCGCUGCACUGCGCAGCAUAUUUAAUUGCCUCUACUUUUACUUGUAUAAUUUUGUUUUACUUUUUAGUAAUUUUACUUUUCACCAUUAUUUCAUCUUUAGCGUAGUAGUGUAAUCGAAUGUGGCUAGUUUAGUAAGUUUUUAAAUUAAACUAUCUGUGACAUUCUGUGUAAACUUCUGCUUCUGUAAGAAAAGGGCUGAAUAUUCAUGUUGGGGUCAUUGGUACCAUGAUUUGAAUCCAGGCCAGGUGUUUAGUUCUCCCUGUCUGUGUGGGUUCUCUCUGGGUACUCUGGUUUUCUUACACAGUCCAAAAGCAUUCACGUUAGGCUGUAUUAUGUAUAGAAACUACUAAAUAAAUUAGAUUUGCCCAC